CAAAUGCCAACAAGCUCAAGCUGUCGUCCCCCUAAGCUAAAUGGCUAAAUCAACAACAAUAAUAAUAAUAAUAACUACCCGCCCUUUUCUCCCCCCACAUUUUCACACACACUCACGCACUCAAAUCCAAUGACAACAUUAUUACCGCAGAGAAUCUAGGGGGAAGAGAAGAGAUCACCGAAUUAUAUACAUAGAUCUGCUCAGUCGAUUCAUACCUUUCUUUUUUCUUUUUUUUUGGCAUUUUUUAUUCUUUCCUCAAUCUUGCGUUUCUCUCUCCAUAUACAUAAAUUGCCUGUAUAUUUGGGCGUGAGUUUUCCAAUUUUUCGGUUGAACAAAAGUGGAGGAAAGAGCAAUAGUUGUAAUACAAUGGUGUUGAUCUACGGACCUUUGACGCCUGGACAGGUGUCGUUUUUCCUUGGAAUUGUGCCAGUAUUUGUAGCUUGGAUAUAUUCGGAGAUUCUGGAGUACAGGAAAGCCUCUCUCUCAAAAUUACACUCAGAUAUUAAUUUGGUUGAAUUGGGGAAUGGUGGAGUUAAAGAAGAUGAUACUGCUGUCUUAUUGGAAACAGGUGGCUUGCCAUCAGCAUCUCCAAGAGUUAAAAGUGCAUCAAUAACAUCUCAAAUUGUGAGAUUUUUGAUGAUGGAUGAGUCAUUCUUGAUUGAGAACCGAUUGACUUUGAGGGCUAUAUCAGAGUUCGGAGUCAUAUUACUUUACUUUUACUUAUGCGAUCGUACCAAUAUCUUUGGUCAAUCAAAGAAGAGCUACAGUCGGGAUCUUUUCUGGUUUCUCUACUCCCUUUUAAUUAUUGUUUCAGCCCUCACCUCCUUCAAGAUCCACCAUGACAAGUCACCAAUUUCUGGCAAAUCAAUUAUGUACCUCAACAGGCAUCAAACUGAGGAAUGGAAAGGCUGGAUGCAGGUCUUGUUUCUGAUGUAUCAUUACUUUGCUGCGUCAGAAAUCUACAAUGCUAUACGACUUUUCAUUGCUGCAUACGUGUGGAUGACUGGCUUUGGGAACUUCUCGUAUUAUUAUGUCCGGAAGGAUUUCAGUGUUGCAAGAUUCGCUCAGAUGAUGUGGCGGCUCAAUUUCUUGGUGUUAUUCUGCUGUGUUGUCCUUAAUAACAGUUACAUGCUGUACUACAUUUGUCCUAUGCACACUCUCUUCACUCUUAUGGUUUAUGGCGCGCUUGGUAUUUAUAACAAGUACAAUGAUAAUGGAACUAUUAUUGCUGCAAAAAUCAUUUCUUGCUUCCUGGUGGUCAUUCUGAUCUGGGAGGUGCCUGGUGUGUUUGAGCUGAUCUGGAGCCCUCUCACUUUCCUUCUUGGAUAUACUGACCCAGAUCCUUCAAAAGCAAAACAAACUCUGCUGCAUGAGUGGCAUUUCCGCUCGGGUCUUGAUCGGUAUAUCUGGAUAAUUGGAAUGAUAUAUGCAUACUACCAUCCAACAGUGGAGAGAUGGAUGGAGAAACUGGAGGAGACUGAAGUGAAACGUAGGAUAUCAAUUAAAACGGCUGUUGCUACAAUAUCUUUAGCGGUGGGCUACCUGUGGUUUGAGUAUGUAUACAAACUCCCGAAGCUGACAUAUAACAAAUAUCAUCCUUAUACAUCCUGGAUUCCUAUAACUGUGUACAUCUGUUUGCGAAAUUUCACCCAGUCUUUCCGUGGUUACACGCUGACACUCUUUGCAUGGCUGGGAAAGAUCACUCUGGAGACUUACAUUUCGCAGAUCCACAUUUGGUUAAGAUCCGGCAUACCAGAUGGACAACCAAAAUUGUUACUUUCUCUGAUUCCAGAGUAUCCAUUAUUGAACUUCUUGCUUACCACUUCCAUAUACGUUGCAGUUUCUUACAGGCUUUUUGAGCUGACAAAUACAUUAAAAACAACCUUUGUUCCCAGCAAAGACGAUAAACGUCUGGGCUACAAUAUUGUUGCUGGAGUAGUAGUAGCAACUUGUCUAUACACAUUGUCUUUUGUAUUAUUGAGGAUACCUCAGAUGAUGCUGGUAUAAGCUGGUUCAAACUCGAUAAUGAAGGACAGCUCUUGUGGUUCGAUAUGUGUUUGAACUUGUUGAAGGAUAGGCAUCUUUCAAAUCAGAGUUUCGGCAUUUUAAAUGCUCGGGGUCGGGGUUUGUUUUGCCGAUUGCUGACAGUUGAGUAAGGGGGUGUUUUUACAUCAGCAGCCACCCCACCAAAACCAAAAUGUAUAUUUAACUGUUAAGGUGAUAGGAAGGAACCCAGCUUUGGAAGCUGUUUGGCUAAUCAUGAGUAUAUUAUUCAAGUGAUAUUUUGCUUCCUUUUCAUAUUAAUAUACGAGUUAACAUGAUUGCUUCAAUUUCUUUGUAUCUAUGGGCUUCUUGGCUGCUAUAUGGUUGUUCAGUCAUUAACUACCAGUUUCUAGCACAUGCAUGAUCACUAGCUUAACAAUUCAAUUUUGGCGUCCUUUUCCUGUUGUUGUUAAAGCGUGAUGGCCAUAUACGAUCCUCUGCAUUGUGAAACAAAGAGUUCAUCUGCACAGAGCUUAAAUUCUCUAUGAUUCUGUUGUAAUUUGUGUCAAGA